CCUCACCUUCUGUUCCCCACCCGGCCUCGAUAUCUCCUCGCUCUCGCUCAGCACCGGCGAUAGACACACCGCGAAGAGUGGAAACUACCCGACUUAUUACUACGGCUACGGAGUUGGUGCUGGGUCUGCUGUCACUGGCGUAGCCUUCUAGCUAUGGACGUCAUAUCACUCCCCGGCUCAUCGACGAUGGUGCUCAACAAGUCUGCUUCCGAGACCGCGGCCUCGAAGCUGCGCGAUGUCUUCAACGUCGACACGUUCAACAGGAAUAUUGAGAACUUCAACAACACAAUCAGCUCCUCGUUCGCCAACACUUUCAACAAAAACAAUAGCGACCAGAUGAUGGAGAACUUGAGAACAGCAUUCACCUUCAAGGGCACAGCGCCCGCUUUACCUUCUUCUGCAUCUUUCGUCUCGUCCUUGGGCUCUAUUAGCACAAAUAGCGAUGCACCUCCUCUCAUGAGUCCCGUCCCACCAGGCAUCGAAGGCUCACCGGGAGAUCCCUACGAUCUCACCCACGUGGACCCACUCCCUAUAACUUUGGUAGAUCACUCAAUGGACGACAAUCAAGAGAACGGGAAGAUGUGGGCCCGGUCAGCUUGGGUCGGCGAUUACUCUAUCGUCGCCGGUGCCGGAAAGGCCGGCGCUUAUGUGUCUUGGCUAUGUGUUAUCGAAACUGUGGAGUCUCAAUCUAUUCGAUUCAGAAAACGGUACUCUGAAUUCGUCUCAUUACAGCAAUUACUUCUUCGAGAGUUCCCUCAUCUGAGAGCGGCGAUUCCCGGACUUCCACCCAAAAGCAUAAUCUCGAAGUUUCGACCUGCAUUUCUGGAGGAACGGCGGCGCGGUUUAGAAUUCUUCUUAUCCUGCAUCGUGCUAAACCCCGUCUUUGCCGGAAGCCAAGUGGUGAAGGACUUCAUCUCCUCAUCAUCACUUUUGCCUACCAGCUAGUCAAAACCCUUGUACUAUCCCGCCCUCCCCUCCUCGCCAUCUUUGAAAACAAACGACAAUGCACGCUAGAACCUCACUUACUCGUCAUUGAGAUCACACUUUCUUUCAUUUUUCUUUUGUAUAAUACUGUUUCGGGGUUUCGUUGGUCUUUGGGUGUCGCUCCUUUUAAUUAUCUACUCCUCUCCCUUCUUACAAAAUUUAUCUGUUUAGGCGUUUUUUUUUGUCCAUAUAUUGAAUAUCUUUAAUUUUUCUAUGGGGAUGUGGUUAGAUUGUGAAAAGAGCGCGUUGAACACGCGAUGAAUGCAUUUGAAUCUGUAUUUAUUCAUCUUAUUUAACUGAGCACU